AACCAAAAGUCAUCAAAAGAACCUUCAAAAGCCACCAAAAAUGCUGGAAGUACCAAGAAUCCAGAAAGAAACACCAAAAAGUUGUUAGAAGAACCUCUGAAAGCUGCCAAAAAAAAAUGCAAGAGUCCAAGAAUUCAGAAAAGACAUCUAGAAAGAACCGCUAAGAACAUCCAAAAUUCUUCAAAAAACGCCAGAAAUACUGAGAAUCUAGAAAGAAACAUCAAAAAGUCAGCAGAAGUACCCCAAAAAAACGCCAAAA